CUUGAAUAUCAACGGCUGAGAUCUCUCUAAAAGCUAAAUCACCCGUUGGAUCUUCAGUGUAAUGAACCUAGCCCAGAUCCCGUGUCUGGGGGGCUUUUCUUCUGUCCUAUAAAUUUACCUUUCUGAUUCAUAUGUCUCUCACAGCACGCCAGCAGCUUCAAAGAAGAGAUUUUUAGCCUGACAGAAAUGGAGACUUUUCUAUUUACUUCUGAAUCUGUGAAUGAGGGACACCCAGAUAAGCUCUGCGACCAGGUUUCGGAUGCAAUUCUUGAUGCUUGUUUGGCUCAGGAUCCUGAAAGCAAAGUGGCAUGUGAAACAUGCACCAAGACCAACAUGGUGAUGGUGUUUGGUGAGAUCAGCACUAAGGCCAAUGUGGACUAUGAGAAAAUCGUGCGUGAUACUUGCAGAGCAAUUGGGUUCACUUCUGAUGACGUUGGACUUGAUGCUGAUAACUGUAAAGUUCUUGUCAAUAUUGAACAACAAAGCCCUGAUAUUGCUCAAGGUGUUCAUGGUCAUUCGACGAAAAAGCCUGAGGAGAUUGGAGCUGGUGAUCAGGGUCACAUGUUUGGUUAUGCCACUGAUGAAACCCCUGAAUUGAUGCCACUCAGUCACGUUCUGGCGACAAAGCUUGGUGCCCGUUUGACAGAAGUUAGGAAAAAUGGAACCUGUCCAUGGCUGAGACCUGAUGGAAAAACCCAAGUCACGGUCGAGUAUUACAAUGACAAUGGCGCCAUGGUUCCUGUCAGAGUUCAUACUGUUCUCAUUUCAACGCAGCAUGAUGAGACAGUCACAAACGACGAAAUUGCAGCUGAUCUUAAGCAACAUGUGAUCAAGCCUGUGAUUCCCGAGAAGUACUUGGAUGAAAAAACAAUUUUUCAUCUGAACCCAUCUGGGCGCUUUGUGAUUGGUGGGCCUCAUGGGGACGCUGGGCUUACUGGCCGUAAGAUCAUCAUUGAUACUUACGGUGGAUGGGGAGCUCACGGCGGUGGCGCCUUCUCAGGAAAGGACCCCACCAAGGUGGACAGAAGUGGAGCCUAUAUUGUUAGGCAAGCUGCCAAGAGUAUUGUGGCAAAUGGGCUUGCCAGGAGGUGCAUUGUUCAGGUUUCUUAUGCUAUUGGUGUGCCUGAUCCUUUGUCGGUCUUUGUGGAUACCUAUGGCACUGGAAAGAUCCCUGACAAAGAGAUACUGAAGAUUGUGAAGGAAAAUUUUGAUUUCAGGCCUGGAAUGAUUUCUAUUAACCUAGAUCUUAAGAGGGGUGGCAAUGGCAGGUUUUUGAAGACUGCAGCUUAUGGACAUUUUGGUAGAGAUGAUGCAGACUUCACUUGGGAAGUUGUGAGGCCUUUCAAGUGGGACAAAGUCCAAGCUUAAUCAACAGUUUUCUCCGUUUUCUUGGCUUUUUAGUGUUUUUAUCACGUUUUAUUUGUUCUCUCUGUUUGAAUCAUAUCUAUAUUCGAGGCAUAAAGAAAAAUGAAUGCAGAUAGUAUUAAAUGCCA